GGGCGUGUGGUAAAAGGCGUAGUUCCACAUUUUCUCUCGCAUACAACGAACGAAGGAACAGUUCUUAAGGUCCUCCUCCUCGGCCGCUGCUUCUCCUCCUUCAUUUCGAUCUCCGAGCUCCGGCAGCUCCUUGACAGUUCUAUCUCAGACGACGUCGCUUUCCCACUGAAUAUUGACUGAAAUGGCUGGAGGAGCGAUCCACCAGUUAUUGAGGAGGAAGCUUCAGUCUCAUUGUACUGCCUCUCCAUUAUUGGCUUCCCUAAUACAUAAGAAAGAUGAUGCUGGCUCUGCUGGGGCAAGGUCCCUCAGAGCACUUGCGCUCCUUGGAGCAGGUGUUUCAGGACUGUUAAGUUUUGCAACUGUUGCAUCUGCGGAUGAGGCUGAGCACGGAUUAGAGAGCCCAAACUACCCCUGGCCUCACGCAGGAAUCCUUAGCUCAUAUGAUCAUGCUUCGAUUCGUCGUGGUCAUCAGGUUUACACACAAGUCUGUGCAUCCUGCCAUUCCAUGUCUUUAAUAUCCUACCGUGAUUUGGUGGGUGUUGCUUAUACCGAAGAGGAGACAAAGGCUAUGGCAGCUGAGAUUGAGGUAACUGAUGGGCCGAACGACGAGGGUGAGUUGUUUACUCGCCCUGGUAAACUUAGUGAUCGAUUCCCGCAGCCAUAUGCAAAUGAGCAGGCUGCUAGGUUUGCUAAUGGUGGAGCAUAUCCUCCUGAUUUGAGUCUUAUUACAAAGGCUCGUCACAAUGGUCAGAAUUAUGUAUUUGCCCUUCUCACUGGUUACCGUGAUCCUCCAGCUGGUGUUCAGAUCCGAGAUGGCCUGCACUAUAAUCCGUACUUUCCUGGGGGAGCAAUUGCUAUGCCUAAAAUGCUUAAUGAUGGUGCUGUUGAGUACGAAGAUGGUACUCCUGCAACUGAGGCUCAGAUGGGGAAGGAUGUUGUGUCAUUCUUGACAUGGGCCGCAGAACCAGAAAUGGAAGAGAGGAAACUCAUGGGAUUCAAAUGGAUCUUUGUUCUCUCUCUGGCGCUACUUCAAGCUGCAUACUACCGGCGCUUGAAGUGGUCAGUUCUUAAGUCCCGCAAGCUGGUUCUCGACGUUGUCAACUAGGCCGCCUUACUUCGGUUUCUUUCAAUGUUUUGCUUCUGGGAGGACCUGUUUUGGAAAUAAUUUUUUUUUUUCACAUUGUAAUCAAAGGCUUUCUUUUCUUUCCAUGUCAAAUUGGCUCGAAUCCGAAAUUGGUGAUGGAGUGACCCUAGGAGUGUCGUUUUAAUAGAGAAUAAGCUACUCCAUACGCAAGGAAUAUUUAAUUUUUUUUUUUUUUCCUUACUUGGGCAUGUGAAUUUUGAUUAAAUUUUCUUCAAGUGCCAAAUUCUACUCGUUGGAUUA